GCUAAGGUAUACCAGCAAUACCAGUUGCAGUUGCUGUACCAAUAAAGCAAACCAAACUAAACCAAUAACAACCAAUAAUGGAGUUUGCCGGCAAGCCAGGUACAUUUAUCUUGUUUUAAUUUACCACGUGAAAGAUGCGAUUUUGUAGUGUCAUGAAGAUUGGUGUAAAGAAAUCAAUAUGGCCCUCAAGCUCGGAAAAUGUAGGCUCUGCCUCAAACUUGGCGACUUUUAUUCCAUCUUCACUAUGGAUAACAACCUACAGCUCGCGGAGAUGGUUAUGGAAUGCGCUCGAGUAAAGAUAUAUGAAAGUGAUGGUCUACCAGACAAGAUAUGCUCAGAGUGUAUACAGAAGCUUAGCAGUGCACAUAUAUUCAAGCAGCAAUGUGAAAGAUCGGAUCAGGAGUUGCGACGGAAUUUUGUCCCUCCACCCGGGUUCAGUGCCAUACCCUCGCCCACAAACAGGCAGAGCAGUGACUCCGCUUUCUCCAACAACACAGAUGUGUCCAUUAAGACCCAGGUCACAACAUCACCGACAGACACAAAAGUAUCUCCUGCCACUCGGAGCAGAAAGCGGAGUGCGGAAAGUGUGGAUAAUACGUCAUCCAGUGGUCAAUCAUAUGACUAUCGACCUACUUCUACUAAACGAGUAGCAGAACUUCGGGCUGCAGAGAAAAGGCAAAAAAAAUCUUUAAAUUCAACUUACACAGACUCUGAUUAUGAAGACAACAGUGGGUCCCAAUUCUCGGCGGAAACUGACUCAGAUGAACCAUCGAAGAAUGAAUUCAAAUGCAAAGUAUGUGGCAAAGAAUUUGCUUCACAAAAAAGUGUGUCUGCACAUUCCAAAGUGCAUUUAAGGAAAAGUUACAAAAAUGUUACAGUUAAUACACCUCCGCCUGUUGAGAAGAAAGAAAUUGAGAAUGCAAACGAUAUUGAGGAUAAGAUGGAGUGUGAGAAGUGUAACAGGAAAUUUAAGUUGAAAAUAAUGUUGAAACGCCACCAAGAGACAUGUGGUAAAGUAAUAAAUUCACCAAUUAAAGAGUUGCAGGUGUCACUGGAGCCUAUUGACUCUGUUUCCUUACAAAAUAAGAUCAAUUGCGAUAUGUGUUCAACCAAAUUUAAAACAAUAGAGAACCUGGAGAAACACAUGAGGGUUGUCCAUGCGGCUGUUCUUAAACGCGAUAAAUAUGAGCAAAUAGUCGAAAACGGUGCUCCUGCUGUCCCUUGCUAUUUCUGUGCGCAACCAUUCGACGACUAUAAUGUUUAUUGCAAACACUUUGAUACAUGUUUAGAAAAGCGAGAUGUUAUUAUUUUCACUUGUCCCGUCUGUCGCAAAGUUUUAUCUAAAACAAGCACUUAUUUGCUUCAUAUAAAAAAUAUGCAUUUGUCUGUUAGUGGGAAUUUAGACAAGAGUGUGGACAAAUCUGUUGAAGGGUCAUUUGAAUGUCGCAUAUGUAGCAAGAAGAUGGUGACACAAGAUCAGCUCAUAAGUCAUUUAGCUGGGCAUAUGUCCAACAUGGGCGAAGAGGAAAUGGCUGAAGUCAAUACACGUGAAAGUCCUACAGACAAUGCAUCAGAUUUAACAAACUACUCAAAUCCUAAUGUACCUUCUGGGCCUUUGAAGUGUAGCAUGUGUGAUAAACGAUUCACAUACAAGAAAGCCCUGGUUACACACGAGCAGAAGCACUUGGACGGAGAAAUAGAGAUUAAACAAGAGCCACAGGAGAUGGACAGCAGUUUGCUGAGUGAAUCCAACCAGCAGUCAGAGUCAGAAUCUAGCCAGGAAGAGGAUGACGACAAUACGUGCGAUAUUUGUGAGAAGCAUUUUUCUUACAAACGUCUCUUGAUUCAGCACAAAAAGACCAAACACAAUAUGAGCUCGGGCACGAGGCGAGCCAAAAUUAGUCUCAAAGACUGCAGCGUGAAGUGUCUCAUAUGUGACAUAGAAAUGAAAGUGAGUGCAAUAAACGAGCACAACCAAAAGCACACAACUGUUAACAUAAAGCCUCGUAAUCUGUACACGUGUGCGGAAUGCAAUGAGAAGUUCAAGAGUUGCAGCUCGCUGGCCACGCACAUCAAGCUCGUGCACCGAUUGAAGCAGCCACAGGCGCCCAAGCUGCAGCGCGCGGAGUUGGCGGAUUUUUGUGAGGUCGUCGUGACCAAGACGGAACCUCUGACCUCGGGUCAGGGCCGCGACGACCUCGUGACGGUUCCGUCGGUGCACGAUUCCGCGCCACUAGUCAACCUGACUGGCUUCACCUGCCCCACCUGCGGCAAGCAGAUGCCCACCUUGGUGUCGCUCAAGAGGCACAUAAACUGGCAUUCUAAUGUCGGCAACAACAUUGAAAAGAUCUUGGAGUGCUUUGUCUGCAAAGAGACAUUCCGCUUCCAGUGUCACUAUCGGGUGCACAUGCGGCAACAUUACAACGACACCACCUUGGAUCCCGCGCUGCUCACCUGCACCAUCUGCAACCGCCGGAGCAAACACCUCCGCGCCGCGCAGGCGCACAUGAACUUCCACAAGCAGACGCGCUUCAAGAACAAGGAUUAUCAGUGCUCCAUCUGCAAGAGAGUCUUCCAGUUCCGGAAGGUGUACUUGUCGCACAUGGCGAUACACUACAAGCGCGGUGACAGCGCCAACAACACCGUGGUCGGCAUCGAGCCCGCCACCGCGCGCGCCGCCGUCGCCGGGCACACCUGCCACCACUGCGGCAAGAUCUGCGACUCCGAGGUCUCGCUCAAGCACCACAUCAUAUGGCACAAGUCCAAGACCUCACUCUUCGGCGCCCGGCACGAGUGCAACAUCUGCGGUAUUAUGUUUACCAACAAGAGGACGCUGGAGUUGCACGUCCGAUCACAUUACGAGGACGACAACGGCCCCUACAAAUGUCCGAUAUGUGGCAAAGGUUUCACUGACGAAGUCUAUCACAGAAAACACGUGAAGGGACAUAACUUUGACAACCAAUCGCACCAGGCGAGGAUAGCGAAGCUCAGGAAGGACAAAGUUAAGUGUCCCAUUUGUAGCCGAUUUUAUCCCGACCUCGUUAAACUCAUCCGGCAUCUGCGGCGGACGCAUCCCGAGAGCAAAAUGAUAAAGAACGAUCCGGACGCGCCUCAGCAGAGCUACUUCUCGUGUAAACUGUGCGCCAAAGUGUUCCUCGACGAGCGCAGACUGCAACACCACGAGGAAGCCCACCUGAGGAAGCCGGAACUCUUCAAGUGCAAAUUCUGUGGCAAGAAGACCAUGUCGCUGAAGAAUCACCGGGUACACAUUAAAGGUCACUUGACACAAAAAUAUUUAGAUGAGCCUCUCAAAUGCAUGCAUUGCGAGGAAACCUUUACCCGAGGAUACGACCUACACUACCACCUGCGCGACGCGCACGACAUCACUGAGACGUGGAUAGCGGAGCGCACUGAGCAGACGCUGAACGGGCCUCUCAAAGAGUUCCAGUGCUCCAUCUGCCUUAAGAUACUCGCAAGCAAAGGCAACUUCGAGCGGCACAUUGACUACCACAACUCGCUGAGGUGCAACUACUGCUUCGACUACUUCAGCUCGCUGCGGUUCCUAGAGGGCCACCUCGCUUUUAGCUGCGAGAAGAAGAAGCUGGUCGGCGACACGGAGGUGCAUCCGCGGAAAGUGAAGUGCCAUAUCUGUUACAAAGCUUUUCACCUUCAAGUGAAACUGGACUGUCAUCUGAGAACUCAGCACAAUGUUAAAGUUUGUAAAGAGGUGUCUGAAGGUAAAAAGGACAUCGUUUGCGAUUAUUGCUUUAAAGUGUUCGAGAACGAGUACGCUCUGAGUACUCAUAAGGUCUACCAUCGCACGGUCGGCUUCUACGGCUGCCUGUACUGCAACCGAAAGUUCAAUACGCUGACGGUGUUUAAGAAACAUAAAAACCAUCAUUUUUCGCAGCUGAACGUUGACAACCCGACCAAGUGCGAACACUGCGAUGAGACUUUUGUCGCAUUUAGAGAGUUCAUAUACCACAUGAGGGACGUCCACGGGGACGACAAGGAUUGGGCCGUGAUGCCCAAGGAGUCGAUAGAGGAGAAGUGCCAUAUUUGCAACAAAACAUUUUUCAAUCUCCACAAACAUUUGACGUAUCACGAAGAGAAUAGAUGUAAAAAAUGCUCAGAGUAUUUCUAUUCUCAGAUCGAUUACGAUAAUCACCUGUGCGCGAUAGAGAGCGACGAAGAGGUCGACGACAUGAACGAAAGUGAUUCUAGACCGAAAUACGAGGAGUGCUCGUUCUGUUUCAAGCCCACGACGAAGAAGAACUCGCAGCGGCUGCACGAUCACAUCCACAAGGUGUCGGGGUCCAUCUCGUGCCGCUUCUGUCCGCUCAAGUUUAAAACUAUCGACGCGUUCAACAUCCACGCGUUCUCCCAUCGCAGCAGAAAGUACAACAAGAAGCCGAUCAAAUGUCGAGAGUGCGGGGAGAAGUUCGUGCGCUACGGGCCCUUCAUACGCCACAUGAGGGCUGUGCACAAAUGCAAGCAGAAGUUGCACUACCGUGCCAUGGUACGCCCCGAGUCCUGUGUCGUCUGCGGCGACCUCUUCCCCAACCUGCACAACCACUACCGCGCGCAUCUUCAGAACCAGUGCCAGCUGUGCCGCAAGUACUUCACCUCGCACAAGGUGUUCUCACUGCACCAAUGCGACAAAGAGGAUUCUAAUCCUUCGAAAGUGUUCACCUGUGACGAGAACCUCGUAGCCCUUAUUAAUUCGUACACGCCUCAAGACGAGAAAGACGAUGAGAAAUUUUAUGGGCAUAGCGACGAUGAUGACGAGAUGGUCGUGGAACCGAAUGUACCUGGAACUGAUUAUAUUACACAGGAUGAGGAGAGUCAAAAUUCCACAGAUCUGAAUAUUCACGAAAUGGUUCAUGCGCCCAUUAUAUCAGAUGUUCUGUCGCUUUACCAGCAGAAGGAAGACACGGCGGAUAAUGUUGUCAACUUGGUGGACGACAACAGCGACAGUGAAGAUGUUGUAAACGUCAUAACUAUAGAUGACUGAAAUAUAACUGAUUAGUUACAUUCAAUGUGGAACUGAAAGGUUCUGUGUCUUUUAAGGGUAAGUGUAAUUGACCAAAGCUAUCGGAAAAAACUGAAGUUUUCUCCACUAUAAGUGACAAAUGUUUUCGAAACUUUGUUGAAGUGUGCAGUGAAAUGUUAUAUAAAUGUAUAUGUUUACUGUGUAGGUACGCGUGUUAAAUAUGUUUAAGCCAUAAAUAAAGAUCUUUUAAAUUAUUUGGAUAGUUCAGUUGUAGUUUAAAGUUAUCAUUUAUAUAUAUUUCAGUGGUUAUUUUCUGUUUUAAAAUCAUGUAAGCGCAUCUUUUUCGUUUCUUUUUUCAAAUCAAAGUCAAGGCAACUGUACUAAAGUACACCUAUUUUCGAAAAUACUCAUCAUAUGGUAUAUUUUAUAUUUUUAUCAAUGUUUAUUUCGUUAUUCGUUAAAAUUGAUAUUGCUCUUAAUAUAAGUUAGAUUUUUUAAAUUAUGUACAUAUAAUUUUAAAUGCUACAUUAGGCUUUUUUCAUUGUGCUUUUGUUAUCUUAGAAGGUUUAUUUUUGUAAAUUUAUAAUUUACCAGCUAUUGGGCUGCCAUAUUUGUAAUAUAAAUUAGAUUGUUAGCCUUUUAUGAGGUAAAUACCUCCUUAAAAUUUAUUAAGUGGUAAAAAUUAUUGAUGUUGUAUUUGAAAGAGAAUACGCAGAAAAAACUCCAAUUUUGAUAAAUUGCACAUAUAAAAAAUAAAACUGAAAUUUCUUUUGUAGCAUUAAAUCAUUAAAAAACACUAAACAAUAGUUAUAAAUUUUAACCCAUCGAAUAAUAGGAUAUUUUGAGUUGAUUGAAUAAAAAAUUACACUGCUCUCAGUCUUAUGCAGAUUACAUAGAGAUCACUGCUAAGGGAGGUCUAACUAUAUAUAGAUUAAAAAAUAAUUUAAAAAACACUAGCUGAACAGAAUUAACAAGAGUGGUCAUUUGACUUUAACUAAAUUGUAUUUUGUAUUGUAAAAAAGUAUGCAAAUUUUAUUUUAAGAUAGUAUCUCAUUUAAAUGGGAGAUACAGAUUGACUGAGGAAAUAUCCUCGAACCUAUUCUAUAAUUAAGUAUUUUGUGUAGAAAAAUCUGUUUUUCUCAUAGAUUUAGUUUAGACAUAAAUCUAAUUAAAUGUUAUUAAAUUGUCUAUAAAUGUGGUAUUUGCUUUAUUUUGUUAUUCAUUCCAAAAUUUUGUUUUUCACAACUCUAUCAGGAGUAAAAUUGCCAAAGUAAUAAAAUCGUAAAGUCAUAUUGAAUUUAAAUAACUUGUGUUUUUUUCAUGUUACCUCUGUGAUUUCUACAAUAAGUUGUAAUACAUGUUUUUUUUAAUUUACUCCCGACCUGUAAUUGCAAAAUUCUGUAAAACUAUCGAUUUUUUUUAACUCGAUUAUUUUGGUAUUAAUGUUCUGAACAAUAUACUUUUAAUCAACUUUUGUGAUCAUGCUUAUCAUUAAGUUCAAAUCAGUACUGA